AUGUCACUCCCCACCACCAGCAAACCAUCGCAAAUGUCUAUCCGAUCCUUCUUCCAGGCCAAGACGCCCAAAUACGCUCCUCCUCCGUCACAAAGCCAAAAUAGCAGUAAUAACAGCAGCAAAGACAUCGCCGUCGACGCCUCUACGAUUCCUCUCUCUUCUGUACCCGCCACAUCAACAUCACCACCUCAAUCGCAAUCGCAGUCCCAUCCUCUCUCCGAUCUCACCCCGCAUCGGACGUCUCCCAAUCCAAGUCCAAGCUCAAAUCCGAAUCUACCCCGCGAAGCCGCCAUCCGCGCCAUCAUCCCAGCCGACAUCAACGCCCUGCGCCGCCUCAACUCCCUCCUUCUACCCGUCAGCUACCCCGAGACUUUCUACAACCGCGCCGCCGACCCCGUCACCGGCCGCUUCUCCCGCGUCAUCACCUGGUCCCACGAUGGCAGCGAGCCCAAGCCCAUAGGCGGCAUCGUCUGCCGCGUCGAGCCCGACAUUGACGUCCGAGCCCCAGACGGCGGCCCCCAGGUGCCCCAGAACCUGUACAUCCAGUCGCUCUGCCUGCUGUCCCCAUACCGCUCAAUGGGUCUCAUUGCCGCUGCGCUGGACAACGUCAUUGCCGCUGUCGUGACGGACCCGGCAUUGGAUGUCCGGACUGUGACGGCGCACGUAUGGACCGAGAAUGAAGAGGGUUUGCACUGGUACAAGGCGAGAGGCUUCGAGAAGCACGAACCAGCUAUCAAGGGCUACUAUCUCAAGCUGCGUCCCGACUCAGCCUGGGUCGUCUCCAAGCCCGUCGGCGCUUCCGUGCUCAAUGCCCUUCCCUCAUCAACACCGCCCAUCUCUCGACCUAAUAUAACCAGCACCACCGCUGCAGUCAUGAGCCUUCCGCCAAUGACGAGCCAGAUACCGCCGCCUGCUGCUGCUGGUGCUCCUGCCACUCCUCCCGCUGCCAGCCAAUCCUUCCAGAACCAGCGCCCCGAGACAGAGUGGAAUGACCUCCCCGCGGACAUGGCGCCGACUCUUCUCGGGCCGCCAAAGAAUGGCAGCGAACCCGGAUCUGGCGCGAGCUCGAGGAGCAGCUCCACCGUAAGGAAGAAGAGAGAUAGAUCUUAUCCAGCCGCCGCAUUUGGACAAUAG